AUGUCUUCCGCAUCAUCGCGGCCCCGGGGUAACCGGCGUGUGGAUAGCAUCCAGAAUGAGAAGCGCAUAUCCCGCGCCCCUUCACGAAUACGGGCCAAAGCAGUCAGUUACAAUGAUGCAUACACAUUUGCCCUCAGGGUCGCAUAUCUACACCAUCUUCUUCAGCCCAGGGCCAAAAGGAAGCAGUUUGUUCCAGCACCAAAGCCCUUGAAAGUCCGGAAGACUCUCAUGAUUGGAGAUCUGGUACAGGAGUUUUCUCUCAUAAAGGACACCAAGAGCGCCAAGUUUCCCCAUGGCUUCAUGUCACCACUGGAGAAGCGGAUACAAGGCGUCUUGAUGGGAACAGAGAAACUUCCUGGAUACAACGAUGCGGCUGUUAAGCGGACUUUUGCUGAAGCAUAUACGGCCUUUACAGAGGCAGGGUUUCGACGGCGGAUGGACAAGGAACGCAGGGUGGAAGACCUGGUUCUGAUCUUUUAUUCGAACGCAACGAAGGCUUUACAAAAGGGCAAGGCUCCGGACGAAGAUUCUUGGAAGUUGCUAGUUGACCAGCAUGUUGCCCUGUUCGUAAGGCUCAUCAGCAAUACUCUCAAAUCCCAUGGCAACGACAGGGACAGACCCGAACUUAUGAGUCGAUUGGCGACAUUGGAAAGCAAAUUGCUCACAAACGACCAAGACUUGUCUAACGACACUGCCGAUGGACCUGGCGGAUCAAGCAUCGAAGUUGUGGUGCCGCUGAGCACCGACGUGAAAGAUAUGCCAAUGGUUCAGACUGUGGCCAGGAUAUUCGGCUUGGCUCUUUCUCAGGUCCAGUCUGAUAUUGAUUUAAAUAACAAGAUGUGGACAGAAGAAAAUGCUCUGAGCGACCUCAAGGCAUACCAACACUGCCUUAACGCCAGUACUAGGAAGACUUUGCGGAGUGAUGAUUUUGAUCUGGAGGAAGGUUAUCAGGCAUGGAAAGCAGCGGAAGGCCCUGAGCUGUCCCAGAUGAUGGCUCAGAUACUUCAGGCCAAGCCAGAGCUCGUAAAAUCAACUUCAAGCUCCAAUAGACCUCUUCCACCUGUCAGAACUUCAUCGUAUAUAAAUGACGACCAGACCUAUUCCGACAUCGCCAAGACAAUUUCAAAUCCAGGCGAACUAAGCUCCUCGUCAUAUGCAUUCGAUCAGCCUUUCGAUAUGAGUGCUCUAUCGCUCGACGAUGAGAAAACUGGCCGACUACACCUCGAAGAAUCCACCUACACGUUCAUUCCACCAGAUCCGCGCUCAUUCUACCGAGCCAUUCUGUGCCAUGCCAUGACCUUUGAUCAGCUACAUGCUCCCUCCGACGCCUCGGCCACUAGCCCGCCUCUUUCUCGAGCUUCUACCGAGUUAUUGAACGAGCUUUGCAUGCGAUGGCGAAUCCCCCAAUUCUCACGCCUUGUACUAUUCCUAGAUGUAGCUGCUCAAAAGUUUCUGGACCAGGAGAUUGGACUUGACGAGCUUGACUCUUCUUUCGAAUUUGUGAAGAACCCACCCGUCGAAAAUAAGCGGGCCAGUAUAUACUCGCAUCCCGCCACCCCAAGUCUGGCUUCUAUCGAUCAAAGUUACUGGACAGUCCAGGACUUUGCCUUGUAUCGCCAGGUCCUAUCAAGUCUAAACGAUGGUCUCCUCCGCGAUCUCUACGAUUUGCUUCAGCAUUGCUACGAUACGAAGCCACCGUCCCCUGGUCCUGUCCUGACAGUUCUAGAUAAUCACAUUCAUGGUGACCCUUCUUUUGAUUUGGGCUCUGGCGAACUCGAUGCCUACAAGGUUCAGCUGGCAGAUGGGCUGCGAUCUAAGGCUGCGUCUGUCUAUCGAGGUUACCUAGAGACCGAGAUACCCCAAAAUCAAGAAGAGUGGCAGUUCUACCAUGUUGUCCAACUCGGAAAGUCCGUCGUAAAGCUUUGCGAGCGGAUUCAAAAACGAUACAGGAAGAAUCCGGACAUCAUGGGUGUCAACCCAUUGAUGAUUCUCGUAGAAACCAUGUUCCCAAGUUUCGAAAACGACGCUGGAGAUCUAAUCCAGCGGAUUCUUCGCGUUGCUCAAGAGAACAACACCGAGGUAGAUUUACAAGACGGAUUUGACCUCUACCGGGAAUUGGUCGAAAUCCGUCGAAUCCACCAUGGAGCACUUCCCGAAGUUCCAUUCGCCUUCCAUAUUGAAGAGCUGUUAGCAGACUUUGUAUGGCGCUGGAUUAAGGUGUCCGAGUCGAAAAUGGUGGAACUGGUAGAUGAGGCUAUCAAGCAAGACCAAUUUCAAGUUCGAUCAGACAGCCAUGAUAGACCUGCCACAGACGACGAGCGACACAGUGUAUCCGUGAUUGAUAUAUUCCGUCUAUUUAACCAGACAGCAGAUCAGAUAUUUCAGCUCGAGUGGGAUCAUGACGUACAAUAUGCAAAGUUCAUGACAGCCUUAUCGAAGGCGUUCGGUAUAGGACUAGCGAGAUAUUGCGAGGUUGUGGAGGGAAGAUUCGUCAAGGAAAUGGACAGACUCUCCCCUGCGCAAGAAGCUGCUGCCGCGCAGACCAAGCAGGAGAAAUGGAUGCAACUUGCCAAGGAUGCCUGGAACAACAAGGAAAAGAUCGAGCCAUUCCAGUUCUACCCCGAGUCUUUCGUGAAACUGAACAAUAUUGAGUACGCUGUACAGCAGCUUGACGUUCUGGAGAAGACCAUGAAUGUUGAUGCCUGCGCGGACGUUCUGGCAAAGAACGCCCCGCCCAAAGAGAAGCAGCGAAGGACUUCGAAAUACGUUUUUACAAUCAAGAUUGUGGAAGCCGAAGAGCUCAAAGCUUGUGACCCAAACGGAACUAGUGAUCCAUACGUCGUUCUGGGCGACGAGUACCAGAAACGUCUUGCAAAGACAAGAGUGGUAAUGAGAAGCCUCAACCCUCGUUGGGAAGAGUCAGUAGACAUUACAGUCCAGGGAGCUCUCAAUGUUAUCGCAACAAUCUGGGAUUGGGACACCUUUGGUGAUCACGAUUUCGUAGGAAGAACAUCGCUGAAGCUGGACCCGGUCCAUUUCAGCGAUUAUCUGCCUCGAGAAUACUGGCUGAACUUGGACACCCAAGGCAGGCUUUUACUUCGUGUCAGCAUGGAAGGAGAGAGAGAUGAUAUCCAAUUUUAUUUUGGCAAGGCCUUCCGCUUGCUCAAAAGGACAGAGAGGGACAUGACUCGGCACAUUACCGAUAAGCUCUCACAGUACAUAAAGAACUCCCUAUCGACGGAGGCUUUGAGGCAUGUCAUCUCUCCUGGUGGAAUCUCCGCAUCCGUCACAAGUCUAUGGAAGAGCCGACAGUCCAUCGUGACAACCAUCUCGCCUCUAGAUGUCGAGAACGCUCUGAAGCCUCUCUUCACAUAUUUCGACGAGAAUUUUGCGAUCAUGAAGCAAACUCUGACUGAUUCAUCCAUGGUCAUGGUCAUGACUAGACUCUGGAAAGAAGUCCUCCUUGCCCUAGAAGGUCUCCUUGUCCCGCCCUUAUCAGACAAACCGUCCAGCCAACGCCCACUCACACAGCAAGAGAUGGACAUUGUGUUCAAAUGGCUCGAGCUACUCUUCGAAUUCUUCCACGCCCGCGACGAAGAAACCGGCGAAGUAAUGGGUGUCCCAGCGGACGUCCUCAAGUCGCCCAAGUACCAUGAACUCGCUUCCCUCAACUUCUUCUACUUCGACACUACGGAAAAUCUCAUCCGUACAUCGGAGCGCAUGACUACGGCCUCCAUCCAACGCGCCAACGUUCAGCGAAACCGCCUUUCGGCGCCGCCUACCCUCGGGGCCAGCUUUGGAGGCUUGAUGGGCGCGACUUCGAUGAAGAGGUCCAAGAGCAUUAUGCUGAGCCGGAAUCUGGGCACGAUGAAGAAGGCCAAGGAGGAGAAGAGGAAGGAGGCGCAGGCUGAUCCGAGUGAUGAUAUGAUUUUGAGGAUUCUCCGGAUGAGGCCCGAGGCUACGAAUUAUCUGAGGGAUCGAUCCAGGCAGAAGGAGAGGCUGGCCGCGGCAGCUGCGGCGGAGAUGAUCGUGAGGCAGAGCCUUGCGGCUGGGGGACCGAGAUUUGGGGCGAACCAUCUGCCGCGGAGGUGA